CCUCACAAUUAUCUGGAGGACUGUGGAUUACACCGUCUGUCUUCAGCCUCACGUCAACGCAGUUAAAGCCAGUAAUCAUAAAGGCCCUGCCGCAUACAAAACCCCAGUUUUGUUAAUAAGAAUAAGUUCCGGUUUUUAUGGCAGCGGGAGUAGAAUUGGCCAUGAAUCCGCCGCAUAUGACAGAGGAAAGGGCGGUUUUCACGCAGCUGAAGCCCGUGAGGAUGUCGGGAGCGGACGGCGCUGAGGACACGUCCGUGUUUGAGGACGUCAAACCGCCGAUUCAGCUAGAACUGGACAAGUACCUUCCCCAGGUCAACAGCCCCCUGCUGACCACCUCCACAGACAUCGAAAGGAAGUACAGACGAGAGAGCGCGUCCGUGGUCGAUGAGUACUUCUCAGAGGACAAAACUCCCACCCCUUACAGCCUCAACAUCAACCUCAUCCUCCCCAGCACCACUCACCUCCGCACAGGCCUCUACAGGCCCAGUAACCCCAAAACGCUGACGCCACAGCAGAUCAAGACAGAACCGGGUCUGGAGGUUCCCUGCUCCCUCCCUGCCACCACUCAGGCGCUGCCAGACUUCACCUCGGUCUUCAGCGUGCCGCCGGUGGUCAACAACGUUUUCAUCAAGCCAGAUAUGAGCUCCACCGGUGGGGUGACGGUGUCCACCGCAGCUCAGCAGCAGCAGCAGCCGCAUUUAGAAACAGAGCUGCAGAUCGGGCCGCCGCCGCCGCAGCCGCAGGUCUACCACAUGCCCAUCGCCAGCUCAGACCUCACCCUGCCACACAGCGGCGCGGCGGUGCAGGGCUCCGCCGGCGGCAGAACCAUGCUGAACCUCGGUGCCGCCGCUUUGCCCGCAAACAACGGAGGCUACAUGAUGCACGCCGAGCACCAGCUGCAGCAGCAGCAGCAGCAGCAUCAGCAUCAGCAUCACGGCUACUACCAGGCGUCCACCCAGCCCACGGCUCCUCACAGCCUGCCGCCCUCACCACCGAACUCACAGCCAGGCAGUCCGGAUGGCCAACCGGAGCUGCUCACCCUGGGGACGCAGCCGCCGCCUCCGUACCAGCAGCGCCUGGGGGGCCUGAAGGUGACGGGACUCUCUGCCCACGCACUUCUAAUGACGCACGGCCAGGGCAUUCUGACAGGGCCCAAAUACAACCGACGGAACAAUCCAGAACUGGAGAAGAGGCGAAUCCACUUCUGUGACUAUCAAGGUUGUACCAAAGUUUACACAAAGAGUUCCCAUCUGAAGGCGCACCAAAGGACACACACAGGUGAGAAAACUCUUCCCAACUGGCAGAGUUAG